CGCCAGUCCUGACUAAUCGAUCGAGAUGCAUGUUCUGUUGUUCUUCCUUGCGAAGGCUGAACUAGACCAUUUUGAUUAACCGAUUCAAUCGUCCAUGAUAAGAAUUCGAUUAUUUAUGCCUUUAUUUAGAAUUCGCGCGAAAUUGACGACUCGCUUCCUCGUGGUGGCGUUUGUAUUUGUAUGACUGAAAAGCGAGAUAUUAAGAAUAAGAUACACAUUUUAUUGAUUUCUGAUAAUAGCACAAUUCGUCACUAUGGGAAUUCACGGUCUUGCAAAGCUCAUUGCAGAUCACGCGCCUUCAGCCAUCAAGGAGCAGGACAUCAAAAACUACUUUGGAAGGAAGAUUGCUAUUGAUGCGUCUAUGUGCAUCUACCAGUUUUUGAUCGCUGUGAGACAGGACGGUAAUGUUUUGCAAAAUGAGGAUGGAGAGACGACUAGCCACCUCAUGGGCAUGUUCUACAGGACCAUCCGAAUGCUGGAGAGCGGCAUCAAGCCGGUUUAUGUGUUUGAUGGGAAGCCCCCUCAGCUGAAAUCAGGAGAGCUGGAGAAGAGAGGCGAGAGAAGAGCAGAGGCUGAGAAGCUUCUAGCUCAGGCACAGGAAGCAGGUGAACAGGAGAACAUUGACAAGUUCAGUAAGCGACUAGUGAAGGUCACCAAACAACACAACGAGGAAUGCAAGCGGUUACUUACUCUAAUGGGAGUCCCAUACAUUGAGGCUCCAUGUGAGGCUGAGGCAAGCUGUGCUGCUCUGGUGAAAUCAGGGAAGGUUUAUGCCACAGCAACCGAAGAUAUGGACGGUUUGACAUUUGGAACAACAGUCCUGUUGAGGCAUCUAACAGCCAGUGAAGCAAAAAAGCUCCCCAUCCAAGAGUUUCAUUUCAGUCGUAUUCUACAGGAUAUGGGUCUGACACAUCAACAGUUCAUUGACCUGUGUAUCUUACUGGGCUGUGACUACUGUGGCACUAUAAAAGGAAUCGGACAGAGGGCCAUCGACCUCAUUAAACAGCAUGGCUCUAUUGAAGAGAUCCUUGAGAAUAUUGACCCAAAUAAGCACCCAGCUCCAGAGGACUGGCUGUAUAAAGAGGCUCGGGGUCUGUUCUUGGAGCCUGAGGUUGUGGACGGCCCAUCUGUCGAUCUGAAGUGGAAUGAACCUGACGAGGAAGGACUAAUUCAGUUCAUGUGUGCUGAAAAACAAUUCAGUGAGGAUCGUAUCCGCAACGGUUGUAAGAAGAUCAUGAAGAGUAGACAAGGGAGCACCCAGGGCAGGCUGGACACGUUCUUUACUGUAACCGGAUCAAUCUCUUCUAAGCGCAAGGAGCCUGAAAUAAAAGGAUCUGCCAAGAAGAAACAGAAAACAAGUGCUACACCAGGCAAAUUUAAGAAGGGCAAAUGAAAGUGAUUUCAGACAGAGGUGUUCAGAGCUGGUCAUGCCCUUAACAUUCAUUUCAUAUUGACAAACAAAACAUGAGAACAUUUCCUAUAAGUAUUUUAAUAAAUUUGGUGGAAAUAAGUUUUAAAUGCCCUGUUUUUCUGUUUUCAGUACUAUCUUAAAUAAAGAUAACUAUUUAAUGAUA